AUGAAGCCGCACCGCAUUCGGAUGACACACAGCCUGCUCAUGCACUACGGCCUGCACACCAAACUCGAGAUUUUCAAGCCAUUUCCCGCGCGCGAUAAAGAUAUGUGCAGGUUCCACUCAGACGAUUACGUCGAGUUCCUGCGAACAGUCACCCCCGAGAACCAGCACGAGCAGCUGCGCAUGCUCAAGCGCUUCAACGUGGGGGAGGACUGCCCCGUCUUCGACGGGCUCUACCAGUUCUGCCAAACCUACACCGGAGGCUCGGUGGGAGGCGCGGUGAAGCUGAACCACGGGCACUCGGACAUUGCGAUCAACUGGGCGGGCGGGCUGCAUCACGCUAAGAAAUGCGAAGCAUCAGGAUUCUGCUACGUGAACGAUAUCGUCCUUGCAAUUCUGGAGCUCCUGAAGUAUCAUGCGCGUGUGCUCUACAUCGACAUUGACAUCCACCACGGGGACGGCGUGGAGGAGGCGUUUUACACAACGGACCGAGUCAUGACGGUGUCGUUUCACAAGUUUGGGGACUACUUCCCCGGCACAGGCGAUCUGAGGGACACGGGGUACGGGAAAGGCAAGCACUACUCGCUGAAUGUUCCCCUUCACGACGGAAUCGACGACGACAGCUACCUCUCGCUCUUCAAGCCCCUCAUCUCAAAGGUCAUGGACGUCUUUCAACCCGGCGCCGUGGUCCUGCAGUGCGGGGCGGACUCUCUAUCAGGCGACCGGCUGGGGUGCUUUAACCUGUCGGUGCGGGGCCACUCGGAGUGUGUGCGGUUCUUGCGAUCAUUCAACGUGCCGCUGCUGCUGCUGGGCGGGGGAGGGUACACCAUCCGCAACGUUGCGCGCUGCUGGUGUUAUGAGACGGGAGUGGCAGUGGGGUUGGAGCUAGAGGAUCGCAUGCCUUUCAACGACUACUAUGAGUAUUUCGGCCCGGAUUAUACGCUGCACAUCACGCCCAGCAACAUGGAGAAUCAGAACUCGAGGGCGUAUUUAGAUUCAGUGCGAACUCGCCUGUUGGAGAAUCUAUCAAAGCUGCAGCAUGCUCCCAGCGUUCCUUUCCACGCCCGUGCCCCCGACACACAACUACCGGACGAGGAAGAGGAAGAGCCUGAUACUCGGCACGAAGAUAGGGAAGCAGACGGGGAUGCGCCUGCAGUGCUGGAAGGGCCAGCAGCAGCUGCCCAGGGGAGGGGCAGGAGGGGGGCUGGGGGUGGAGGGGUGGUGACAGGGGAGGGGAAGAAGCGACCUCUACCCGAUGCUUCAGGGGUGGGUGGUGUGUGGGAUGAAAGGUUGGAGAUUCAGGGGCUAGAGAGGGUGAGUGCAACAGGAGGAGGGGCUGGGGCAGGAGGGGCUGUGACAGGGGAGGAGAAGAAGCGACCUCUACCAGAGGCUUCAGGUCGCCCCCCUCCUGCUCGCCCCCCUGUCAAGCCCAAGGUGGAGGCAUCAUCCCUCAAAGCCGAGCCUGCCUCCACACCAUCUCGACCUGCCGUACCUGCUGACAAGUCGCGCAGAAGGAAGAUUUGA